GUGGGUGUGCGUGUGUUAAUCCAAGCAGCUCGAGCUGGGGUAAAGCUAACACAAAGUACUGAAUCAUACAUCCUAGCAACAAGCACUUCAUGCACUAAACCAAACUGAGGAGGCAGCAGAUGAACUAGGAAGUAUCACCAUGAAGGAUUUCUCUCUGUCAUCGCUGAGUCGGGGUUGCGGUCGUGUCAUCAAAGGGAACGCAAGUGAACAUGGUCGCCUGGAUGUCUGCUUCACGCCGCAGGAUUACUACAUCUGGAAAUCCCAUGAUGCCCUCCUGCAUCUGACCAACAGCGGAAGUCUACUCAGAAGUGACGAGUCAACCAUCCCGAAGACUUACAGCACUCGCCGGGGACCUCUAGUUCUGUACUCACGAGACUUGGUUACGCUAAGAACUGUGUCACAGGUGUCAGACAGGAGGAGGCGGGUCACAUCGCACCACAUGCAGGAAGUGGAUCACCGGUCAGACGCUCUGCUCUUGCAACAACAAAAUAAUCAGGUGACCUUGCGGUUUGCCAGUCCCAACUUACCUCCACUUCCAAACAUCCAUCGUGCAAGCGUUUCCCGACUUUAUGCCACACAAGAACACCACGAUCCAAAGCUACACGGAGACCCUCAAGAAACCAACUCCCUUCUGGAGUAUCCUCCUGAAGAUGAGAAUGAAAUGCAAGGAAGUGACCAGAGGGUCCAGUUGGAUCUGGUACUUGAUCUGCAGACCUGUACGGACCACAUAACCCUCGAAGAACCACAACUUCAGGUCGAUGUGUCACAUGCUGAUAGGUCACAGCAAAACAUGACGACUGACUUGACUCUUGUCCUAAGUCCUCAAGAUGCCGCAGCAGUCACCCGAGGAUCUGUGAUUAUGGUCAACUCUCAAACCUCAGUGACCAGGAUGAACAACAGGAGAGAGAAUCAGUCACAUGAAGAGCAGGAAUUAAAUACAAGCUCAGGCUUGCUUCUUCCUCCUCUGAGAGCUGAACCCCCAGUCACUCCUGAAUCCUACUAUCACCACCCACUUGCUAUGGGGCGAGAGGGUCCGAACAUUGAAGAAGUCCACCAUGUUCAGCAUCUGCCUCCUAUAGAAGACCACCACGUCACUAUGAGGCUUGUCGGCGGCACACGGCGGCGGGACACAGACUCAGCAAUUGGUCCAGAGCUACGAUGUCAAAAGGGCUCCCGUCACCGCCCCUUGUUUCUUCCUCUGUUACUCUCUGACAAAAAACAUGGUGAUAAAACAUUGUCAUGAUGGUGUUUUCACUUGACAUGUAUAAGAUUGUGUUUUUCUCGCAUAUGUAGAACAGAUAAAGUAUAAAAAGAAAGCACCAGGACGGGACACAACUAGAAAACAAAUCUGUGAGGAGAUGUUGCAGCAUGGGCAACAGUCAAAGAAAUCUUCAGAGGUUCUGCUUGGCCUGGUGGAUGGUGCAUCAAA